AUGGGUUCGCUCGCUGGCCAGACGAGCUCAUCUCCGGACAUGGCCCGUCCGCCGCCGCCUCUCGUGACUACCGCAGACGAUGGCGAGGCAGAAUAUCGCGCUCAAGUGCUGCGGCUGUCGUCGCAACGGUCAGAAGCAGACGUGGAGGAGGAACUGGUCGCAAAGGCAACCGCCCUGGGUAUUCCCACGUCCCGAUUUGCACACGAUAAGCGCAAUACCUCGAGCGCGGAAUCGCAGACUUCGACCAUCGCGACGCAACAUGUCCGAACGUUUUCAAAUGCCUCGCGGGAUUCGGCCAGCACAACCUUGACGUCUCAUCCGUCUUUACAUGCGGUUCCGAUUGCCGCCGACGUCCCUCCACAGUCUCUCGCCAGGAAACGCUCCAAAAGCCUCGGUUUCUCUCAUUACGACAAGUAUCUGUCGCAAAUAGACCCCAACAUACACCAACCCAAGAUCCAAAAGGCACCUCCAGCAAUACCACACGAUACAACCGCACACAGCCUCUUCAGCGUGACUUCAAGAAGAAGCUACUUUAGCAUCAAAGAGGGCAUUAGGAAAAUACGAUGGAAGCGCAAGUCUGGCUUGCUAGAAUCCACAAUUUCUUGCAUAUGUUGUCGCAAUGACUUUAACAAGUCGAAUGCCUUGCACAGCUUGCCUUGUGGCCACACGUAUUGUGCCGAGUGUCUCAGUAUCAUGAUUCAGCAAGCUACGACGGACGAGUCCAAGAUGCCGCCUCGAUGCUGCACACAGCCGAUUCCGGGUUCCAUCAUUCAGAAAAUCCUCAACCGAGAGGAGCAACAUGCCUUUUUGAAGGCUGUUUUGCAAUUCAGCACGCCUUGGGAAGCUAGAAUCUUUUGCCCAAAUACGGCCUGUGGUGAAUUCAUCCCUCCUCGCAAUCGGAUCGACCCGAAACACCCUUUCGACGUGGUGUGCCGUAAAUGUCGGACACGGGUAUGCGUAAUGUGCAAACGCAAUGCCCAUCCCGUCGGCAAAGAUUGCCCUUCCGAUUGGGAACUGGAGGCUGUUCUCAAGAUGGGCGAGAAGUCCGGCUGGCGACGAUGCUACAAGUGUCGAACACUAGUCGAGUUAAGUCAGGGCUGCACACAUAUGACUUGCAGAUGCAAAGCUCAGUUUUGCUACAUCUGUGGCGCCAUCUGGGAUCCGUCCGUCGGUUGUCCCAACUUCUGCAACGGAGACGAAGAGUUGGAGCGCAGGAGAAUGGAGGAAGAGGCCAGGGAAGCUGAACUCGAGGCGGAAAAGGUUGCGCAAGAAGCAGCGGCAGCCGCCGAAGCCGCCGAAAAGGUCGAGGCGGAGAAGCGGACCCGCGAGAACGCGCAGUUCUCCACGCUGCAAGGCGAGAUGAACGUAGAACUGGAUCGAUUCCGGGUGUAUCUGAGGAAGAAGAAAUGGGUCAUGUGGACGCGGCAUGCCGAGAAGAAGCAGGCCUUGACCGACCGAUACUCGGAUCAGAUCGAAAAGAUGAAGGAGCGCCACGCGAAAACGGCCGCUCACCUGGAAGAACGUCAGAUCGAGGCUGAGAUGGAUCUACGGUCAACGCUUGACCAGAGCGAGAAGAGCGUCAAGAUUCGCCUCAAGCACAUGGAGGCAUACUGCGAUGGACUUGGCCGCAUACAGAAUGCCGACCUCCCACCAAGAGUAGUUACGGAGAGGGACUUACGUCUGCUGGGACAACAGUACAAUGUGCGAGACGGCAUGGAGCGUUUGCAUCAGGCCAAAAUCAACGUUUUGCGAGACCGGCAGGCCAAGCGCAUGGAGGAGCUAUUGGAGCGACAGGAGCAAGAACUCGAGAAACUGACCGACAAGAAAGAGCAGGACAUAGAGAAUCUGGCAACGGAUUUUGCGCAAGAAGAAGAUACCCUGGUCAAGAUUUUUAAUGACCGCAGGCAGAGACUGCAACGACGUUGGCUGAUUGCAAUCGAAAUACUCCGAAAAGAAUUGGAGGAGCAGACUGGCGAGCAGUACGCGUCGCUCGACCUGCCAACAUGGCCCGACGACACCGAGACACAGGAUGAGAUCCUAGCAUCACUUCCCGAGUCUACCCCAAGCAGGGACUAA